AUGAGAUUAUCGACAACCUCAACAUCAUACGCAUUCAAAGAGAAACGCAUGGCGAAGGGUGGAGACCGCCAAAUGAAGCAAAGAGAGGAAGAAAUCAGCUCCUCACUUGAGUCCAUCAGAACUGAGGUGAACAAAAUAGAUCAGCGGCAUCGUGUUCUGAGCUACAAGCCACCAAUUGAGCAGACGAAUUUCGAUUACGCGAGAUUGGAAAGAGGCCUCUCUCUUUACCAAACAGUUCAAAAACUGAAGCGCUAUUUGGCCGUCAUCAAAUCGGAAACCCGUCCACAGCGCACGACCGCCGUAGCAAAUGCUAAAGUCCACAGGAUAAUAGAAGAAAUGGACGAAAUCGCAUCGCCACCAUGGGGAGAUGAGUGUACGGAGACAGUUAUAUGGGACGAAGCUGGGAUUCUUCACUGCGUCUUUGAAGGCUACUUCGUUACGCAUCAUGAUCGUAUGGGUCCGGCGCAAGAUGUCCUUGGGCAGCUCUGGAAGGAGUACGCAAAAUCCGAUUCACGAUACCUGGCUUCCGACUCCUUCGUUGUUAGCAUUGAGACCAUUACGGUGGUACUCUGGGGCCCCCUGUGUCUCGUUGUUGCUUAUUUAACCACUGCCAAUCACCCACUGAAGCACCCUCUCCGAGUCAUCGUGUGCAUGGCACAUCUAUACGGCGACGCAUUAUACUACGCUACUAGCCUCUUUGACUGCUACGUCAACGGCGUUUCACACAGCCGGCCAGAGGCACUCUACUUUUGGGUGUAUUAUUUCUUGCUGAACUUUGUUUGGAUUGUUGUGCCUGGCUUGACUAAGUUAGCGAAGACGGGCGAUGAUAUCACGGGUUUUAUGCAGAGUUAUGAAGUAAAUAGUGCACGGUUACCGGGGCAGCCAGACCCUGGGGCCAGACUUGGUCCUGAGGCAGGUGAGGCAGCUGCUUGGCCCGCGGCUGCCCAUCGCCGAGCAGACAACAAUAAUAAUACCCAACCUCACCGUCUUGUCUUGUCUUCUUCUCUUCCAUGGACUCGUAAGCGACAUGUGUGGCACCGGUCGCCAGUUGUGAUUAUCGCCGCCAGUAAGUCACGGCAUCUACCGCCAUUUCAUAACAAACACACACCGCCGCCUCUCGUCUAUCGCCGCAUUCCUCGGAUUCCAAUGCCCUCCCCUGCUACCCCGCGAGGAACUACUGGUCCUGGCCGCGAUAGCGCCAGGUCGUCACCGACCAAGCUAAAGCCUCUCGACAUCGGAAAGCCCCUAGGCGCCUACGACUCGAAUUCAGUUCGCGAAAAGGUCCGAAUAUGGCAACAAAAGGGAGGAGGAGUUGCCACAGUCAAGGACGCCCUGGCCGACCUUGAUGGCUCCGACAACCUUCCUUCGCAAACUCGGCCCGAUAAACCGGACAAACCUGGCAAAGCGGUAGACCGUCGCAGAGUCACGACACGGGUAAAGAAUGCGGACAGUAAUGUUUCAGGUGUGGCUAGUGGUGGAAUUAGGAAAAGAAGUCAAAGUACUCCGAGGAAACGAGUAGUGAGCGAUCAACACUGGCGGAAACAGCGCAGCCCGCCCACAGCUUCCAAGCCAGCCAGAGGACCACCGCCCAAUCGUAUUACGGUCUACAAGACAAACGAAACCCUCAGCUCAUCUUCUGUUUCUUUGACAGAUAAAAGCCCAUAUCGGAAGGACCAUGUGCUUGAAGUUGGAAAGUCGUCAAAAUUUGGCGUCGAAGGCACCAGAGCAAGCGCCUUGGCUGUUCAGAAGAAACCACGGGCUACCAAAACCACCAAAUAUAUAUACAAGGAUGAUGGUCACUAUCCUGAAAAGGGACUCUCGCAAGGCCCUGAGAUGUCCGAGUCAUCUUUCAACGAUGAAGAAUCUGGCCAAUCCAUACUCGAAGGAAUGCGACGAACUACUCCGCCCCCCAAAGACAACGAUGAAUGGGCUGCAAGUGAGGCGGACUUCUCUGAGUUGUCACGAAGGAGGCGGCGGGGGCCAUCUAUCCCACAAGAGACUCGCAAGCCCAAAAGUGGACUCUUGAACCAAGUCAUAGAUGAGUCUAGAAAGAUGUUUGCCAAACCAGCUCCUCCACGUGCACCGCCAGUUGCAAGCCGAGGCGACAAGAUUGCAGCCUGGCUCUCUGCUCAGCCGGACCCAUUUGUAGAUGGGAAUGACGAUACACCGGUAGAGAUACCAGCACCACUAAAGACUAGGUCCAGGACAGCCAGGGCCUUGUCCCGAAGUUCAGAAUCUAGGAUCCUCGAGGAAUCGAGCGACAUUUCUUCAGCGACCAAUGAUCAAUCAGCAGAUGGGAAGAGUGGCCGUAAGGACUACCAGCGCCGCUCCAGUGGACCGGGCGUGGCCGGUGGAAAAGCAAACAAGGCCCGUGAAUCCCCAGCUUUAAGACACAAGGAGCGUACCACCUCCAUUCGAAGAAAAAGCAAAUCAGAGUCAUCGUCGGUAAUUUCAAAACAGUCUAAUGAAGAUCUGUCAUCGACCCCAACUAAGUCAUCACGAAUGAGAGAUGGGACGAAGCAAGAUGAUCAUGUUGCGCUUGAUGAUAUGUCCGAAUUGUCGGCCCAAGAGAAGAUUCUACCUUUGAGGCUGAGGAGGCCUUUCCCAAGCACGGGGAUGCAUCAACUGUCUACUGUUGCUUCUGAGGAGACAUUGAGUAGCGAUGUGAACGACAGAUCGGUUAUCGGCAGUGAAACGAAUUUGUCCAAGUCAGAGAUCACAGAAUCUGCUGAACGAGAACUAGACGACGAGAAACGGGAUCACUUUGAUCCAGAAUCACUUCCCAACUUCGGAAGCGGGCUUCAACGGCGGUUAACGAAGCAUUCGGAUUUGAUGUCCAUCUUGUCCAAUCCGAAAUCGGGCAGACGUAGUGUUCGCUCUUCUCGCAGCAUCAGGAGUAUUCGGACGCGCUUGGAGACAGCAACGAUGGCAGACUUAAUGAAAGAGCUCUCCUCGGAUGAAACGAAGUACAUGCGUGAAUUGCGAACUUUGGUUGGCGGCGUAAUUCCCGUUCUUUUGAGCUGUGUUCUUUCUCGCUCAGACUCCGCUAUCGCAGCGGGCCUGUUUCGACCCUCUGCAGAUCCCAAAGAUGAUAUCAACUUUACUAGGCCUAUUGUCGACAUGGGCGUUGCUUUGGAGCGUCUCAAAACGCUACAUAAACGUAUUCCUUUGGAAGACCCGGAGCCACUGCUCGGAUGGGCACAGGGUGCUCAAAAGGUGUACCGUGACUAUCUCAAAGCUUGGCGCAUGGGCUUCCAAGACGUGGUAGUGAAUCUUGCUCCUCUUGACGAGGACGAAUCGGCUAAACUUGAAACCCAAAGUUUGGAUCAGGGGUUGGACAGAGACGAAAAUGGCGAUAUCAUUGAUAGCGAUGGCGAGAAAGUGGAUGUUGCAUAUCUAUUGAAAAGGCCUCUUGUACGCCUCAAGUACCUGUUCAAAACAUUUAAGGGGAUCGAUUUUGUGGAACAUUCACCGAAAGCCCAACAAAUUGCCGAAGCGUAUCAGGAGCUUGUUGAACGAGCACGACAACGCUCUCACGAAGAACGCGCUCGACUUGAGGACGAAUCUGCUGCGUAUAUUGAUAGCACCAGAGCUCGAGAUACCGAGACUUUAGCUGUUUUGACCGAUGUGGUCGUUGAUAAAACACGACGGGUCCUUGCUCGUGACUUUUUCAACCUAUCAUUAAUGCAUUCAAGUGGCCAAAUGAUUGAUUGCCAUGCAGAAUUAUUGCUCAGAGACAACGCUCCUGAUACUGGACCGGGAGGUGAUCUUCUCAUCUGUGAAAUCGACGAUACUGAUCGUUGGCUUCUUUUCCCACCAAUCGAAACGAAUUGUGUCUCUGCUCGAAGUGGCGAACGCAAAGGUGAAAUCGUCGUGAUGGUUCGGGGUAAAUCUGCCACGGAGGAUGGUGAAUGGCAAGAAUUGCUAUCUUUAACUAUUGACGAUGAGGAAUCUGGCUUCGAGUGGGUUAAGCUGCUAGGCUUAGAACCAGUACCUCCACCCAUACCCCGAAUCAAAAAGUUUGUCGACCGUACAAGGAGCCGGAGGCGCAAAGCUUCCAAUGAAACUACAGGGGAAACAUCUUCAUCUUUAACCACACCGAAGUUGCGUUUACCUAGCCCAAGUCAGAUUGACGUGCCAAUUGGUGAACAAGCGAGCGUUAUUAGUCGUGCAGGAAAGAGCUCGACUGUGGACAGUUCUGGACCUAGCAUGUUAAGCUCUGCCUCUGAAGCAACUUCAAGCAACUCUUUGACUUCCGCAAUUACUACAGAAUCAGACUACGCAUUAGUUGAUAGCCCUCGAACACCCAUAUCGCCUGACGCUCGUGCAUCACUGCCAUCUGCCAAGGAAUUUAACGAGAAACACAAAACGAUUGACGGGAAAGCAUCUCCUGGUUUGAAAAGAGCCAAGGCCAAAAGACGAUCUCGUCACGCGGACCAAAUGACCCCAAUAGAAACAUCCCCAAGACCUUCACCUGGGCCCGACCAAGAAGUUGAUUCACCUAAGUCAACCCCAAAAGCAGCUGCACGAUUUUAUGCUGGGAAAAAUGUUGAAACGAGUCCUAAAGCUACGAGUCGCCGCAGCAGCCGAGAUCAAUCGAUGGAAGAGAAGGACGACGACGAGAAAGACCAACGGUUAUCGUCUGUGCCAUCUAUGAAAAUGCCGACUAUUCCGAAAUUACGAAAGGGCGGCAGCAGCACCAACAGUGCUCUAUCUGCUGACACAAGCUCUGACGAGGACGAAAUCUGGCCAGAUAUUCAGUCCCCUUCGCCUUCUUCACAAAAAGGCCUCUCUGAUGAAGAGGAUGAAGCACCAGCACCUCCUCCUCAUCGAUCUCCCAGUCAAGCGCAGCUCAAGAAUUCUCCAGUGCUAAGCGCACCCGCCAAUAGACAGAAGCGAAGAUCGUCAUCACCAUUAAAGCACGAAUACGAACCAUCAAGUGCUUCCGAUUCGUCUUCUGAAUCUGACUCGUCUACGGUUCGUCACUAUGAUAUGGAGUAUUCUUGCUCAGAUACUUCCGACACAUCCGACGAGGAACUAGAGGAUGAGGAUGACGAAUUACCUCCUAUGCAAUAUCAGCAGGCACGAAAAUCGCAAACACCCGCUUCCCUUCCGGCUUUUGAAGGUGAUGAUACGUUAUCACCAUCUAACUCUGCAUCACAAGGACCUUAUCGUUCCGUUCCUUCCCAGCCUUCCAAAGCGUCAAAGGCUAUCGCGUCCUUGUUCUUUUGGUCAGAUAAGGGGAAGUGGGAUAGCCUCUUUCCUGACGAAUGUGAGGUGGUAAUAACUCCUGGUCUCAUCGAAGCCUAUAAGAUGACGACAGCUAGUUCACAAUCUCCGGGGGAGAACAGCGAUCUAAGAAGUGACGGCAGACGCAAAGUUCGUCCCCUUGUCGCUCUAGAACUAACGCCCUUGGUCCCAAUUCGACGUGGCACUGCAAUAGAUAUCAGCAUUCGGUCGCCUCCUACGGAAAGAUCAAAAAUAAAGACCAGCAACAAUAUUAUGUUCCGUUCGCGGAAUGCUGACGAAUGCGAUGCAUUAUACGGGUCUAUAAACCAUUCUCGUAUAAAUAACCCAACAUAUAUCGCUCUACAAAAUGCUCGCGGACCAUAUCAGCCUGCCUCUCUUUCCAGAUAUAACUCCACAGGAUCUAAUCAAGGAACAAGUUGGUUCGGAUUUCCUCGAAGAAAAAAUAGUUACAGAGCAAGGCAAGCGCCUUCUAUAGGCAUGGCUUCAGAAAGCAGUGUUGGAACUAUGAGCAGCGCAUUCUCCGCUCUGAAGAGAUUUGGCACCGGAAGCAAAUUCUUCAACAUUGCCCGCUCCACCGUUACUUCUCGCACGGGAAGCCGAGACGGAAGCACUGUUUAUUCAGGCGGUGUUGGUAGCUCCCGUCUUACAGCACUUGCAACAGCUAUCAAGGGAGCAGAUGGUAUUGGAUUGUCGAACGCAAAGAUUAGGCUUUAUCUCCGGGAGAGCACGACACGGUGGCGCGACAUGGGCGCAGCUCGAUUGACAAUUAUGCCUGUCACACCGAAACCAUCUCGGCCUGGAACAGCUGGUAGUAUGGAUUUACCUACGGAAGACGAUCCUUCCAACGAUGUAUCACACGCAGGAAAAGUAGCUGGGGAGUCGGAGGAUGAGCCUACAGCCGAUGGAGCCUCGACACCGACACCCGCUGCAUCGCCACAGAGGGUAGUUAUGCCACAAGAAAAGCGUAUUCUUAUUCAAGGCAAGACCGCAGGCGAGGUCCUACUAGAUGUGUGCCUUGGUGAAAGCUCCUUUGAACGGAUUGCGCGAACCGGUAUCGCCGUUUCCGUAUGGGAAGAGCAUGCAGGCGGUGGUAUACAGCAAACAGGCGGAGUCGCUCCCGGAAUUUUCAAGAUUUAUAUGAUACAAAUGAAGAGUGAGGCGGAGGCUGCAUAUACAUUUGGGUUGGUUGGGAAAUUACGUUACUAA